CAUCUAUAAAAGUUAGAGGAAGCCUUCAAACCCUAACUCAUCGCUACUGUGACUGCGCACUUCCUCACAAUGGGUGCCUACAAGUAUGUUUCGGAGCUUUGGCGCAAGAAGCAAUCUGAUGUUAUGAGAUUCUUGCAGCGGGUGAGGUGCUGGGAGUAUCGUCAGCAACCUUCUAUUGUCCGUGUGACAAGGCCUACUCGCCCAGACAAGGCACGCCGUCUGGGGUACAAGGCUAAGCAGGGUUAUGUGAUAUACCGUGUUCGUGUUAGAAGGGGUGGCCGUAAGAGACCAGUUCCCAAAGGUAUUGUUUAUGGGAAGCCCACAAAUCAAGGUGUUACUCAACUCAAAUUUCAGCGAAGCAAGAGGUCUGUUGCUGAGGAGCGAGCAGGGCGGAUGCUGGGUGGCCUCAGGGUCCUCAAUUCGUACUGGGUGAAUGAGGACUCAACUUACAAAUAUUUUGAGAUCAUUCUGGUGGAUGUUGCCCACAGUGCUAUAAGAAAUGAUCCAAGGAUCAACUGGCUCUGCAAUCCAGUCCAUAAACACAGGGAACUGCGAGGCCUCACUUCUGCUGGGAAAAGCAACAGGGGUUUACGGGGCAGAGGGCAUCUGUACCACAAAGCACGUCCAUCCCGCAGGGCAACCUGGAAGAGAAACAACACCCUUUCCCUUCGCCGCUACCGCUGAUUUUAUUGCUGUUAUCUUAUGUGGCUUCAUUUUCCGAAUAUUUGGAGUGCAUUAUAUUUUGACUUUGGAAAUCGUCAAAAUUUUGAACGCCUGAAUCAUGUCUUUUUUUGCGAAUCUCGUCUUAGGGGUAAAAUAGCGGAGAUUAAUGAUCUAAGUUUUCUAUUAUAUGCCAGAAUUGUUUUCUU